AUGUCUGCAGCAGAUCUUGAAUUCUUCACUACUGCUCUGCCAAUCAUCAAAACAGUUUCUUCUGAUGAUUGUCAGAGCUGCUGCGUCAGUAGUACUAAUGAUGACGAAGCUGAUUGCCGGACUCCGAAGUCGCCGGAGAAUAUGAUCCCUCCAAUUCUUGUCUGCCCGCCGGCUCCCAGAAAGCCGCUGCGGCGGCGCACGACGGCGGCCGCCUCCUCCAAGAGGAAGCUGUGUGAAUUGCAGUUCUUCGAGAUCGCCGCUAGAGAAGAAGUCGAAUCUUUUUUCAGAAGGGUUGAGGAAAGUAUCAACGGCGGCGCCGCCGCCACCGCCAAGAGGAGAUGUGUGAUGUGA